AGGAAUCAUGAGGCACCGGAAACCUGAAAAAAGAAAUGUGAAACCUAUAGAGGUAAUAACUUAAAGCAGUAAAACCCCUUGCAAACAAUCACAGCAUACUAUUCCUUAACAUAAAUCAUUUUUUUUGACUCAGUAUAAUUUAGCAACUCUGAAUAUUAAAAGAUCAAAGUAGAAUUUGCUUUCUCUGAUAAUACCAUUACUAAGCUAGUCAGUUAACAUGUCUAUUACAGAUGCAGUUGUUCCAUCUAGUCUAAAAAAUGUGUCUCUGUCCCCUCAUCUCAAGAAGUGCAAAUCUGAUUCAUGAAGAAUUUAGCAGCUUUCGCCCAUCUCAAACCUGACAUUUAUCUCAAAAUGUGUUGAAAAGGUUGUAGUGACUCAAUGACAAUUUUUUAUCAUGCCAUCACGUUGAGGAUAACAACCUAUUUGAAAUUGACCAGUCUGCCAAUAAACAAUAUCAUAGCACAGAAACAGCACUGAUUAAAGUUCAGGAUGAUACACUCCUAGCCAUUGAUAAUAAUUCCUGCAUGAUACUGUUCCUAUCGGAUCUUUCAGCAGCCUUUGAUACAGUUGAUCACCAGAUACUUCUGCAUCAUCUUUCUUAUCUUUUUGGCAUCGUUAUAAAAAAUUAUGUACAUUAAUGUCAAUGGAGCCGUAUGCAAGGUAGUCUUCAACCAGCAUCAAAAUGUUAGCUGCAUAUAAAGGAAAUAUAUCAGUUGCCAUACCAUGGAAAUGCUUGUGCAUGCUUUCAUUACUUCCAGAUUGGACCUCUGUAAUUCACUUCUGUAGGGACUACCAAAACAAACUAUCAAGAGACUUCAGCAUGUUCAUGCAGCGGCCAGAAUGGUUGUGCUUACACCAAAACAUAAACAUAAUAGUCAUAUCUCACUAGUAUUACAGAAACUGCAUUGGCUUCCUUAAUAGAAGAGCAAAUAACUUUUAAGAUUCUUUUAAUGACCUUUAAAUGUUUAAAUGGCUUAGCCCCUUCAUAUUUGUAUGACCUAGUUUAAUAUGUGGUAUAUUCCUUGGUGCAACUUACUAGAUCUACUAAUUGCCAUCAUGUGCUUGAUGUCCAAUAUAAUCUGCGCAGCUAUGUUUUCGGUCUUUUAGCAUCUCCACAGUUGUGGAAUGACAUGCCACUAUAGAAAUUACCAUAUAUCUUGUGAGACUUUGAACGAUUUUAAGAAAAAACUCAAGACCUAUCUUUUUCUGACAGCACUUUCUACUACUACUACUACUACUACUACUACUACUACUACUACUACUACUACUGCUACUGCUACUGCUACUGCUACUGCUACUGCUACUGCUACUGCUACUGCUACUGCUACUGCUACUGCUACUGCUACUGCUACUGCUACUACUACUACUACUACUACUACUACUAUAUACAUAAAACGACUAAAAUAUAAAAAGAACUAAUUGAAUAGACCGCUUUCCUAAAAAGGUAGUCUUCAGUUUUUUCUUAAAAUCAUUUGAACUCUCACAAGAUCUUAUUUCAAGUUGCAUGUCAUACCACAACUGUGGUUUCACAUAGUUUCGCAGAUUAUACCUAACAUGAAGCAGGCGAUGGCUAUUAGCAGAUCUUACAUGUAAGUUGCACCUAGGAAUAUACCUUGUAACUAGGUUGGACAAAUAUGAAGGAACUAAGCCAUUUAAACAUUAAUUUAAAGGUCAUUAAAAGAAUCUUAAAAGUUAUGUAAUCCUUUUAUAUUUUAGCCUUUUUUUAUAUAUAUUUUUAAUUAGCCUUUUUUAACUCAAAGCGUUUUUUUAUCAAUAUUAUUACAUGCAGUUUUGCUAUUUUUAAUAUUUGUUUUAAUUCAAUGAAAUAAUUAUAUGAACAAUAUUUAUGAUAUUUUCAAUAUUUGCUGUAAAGUGCCUUUGGGAAUUGUUGGAAAUGAUGCUAUAUGAAUAAACUGUUAUUAUAAUAAUUAUUAUUAUUUAUAAUUUGAGCCCAGUUAACGAGAGGUUUUUUUUAAAAAGUUGUUUUAAAAACUGGAAUUUUUGCAAGGAAUGUAUGGCUCAUUAACAAUUUUGGCACACAGCAAUCAUAAGCAGUUUUCUGCAGCUGGUACUUCCUUAAAUAGAGCUUACAAAGAUCUAUGGGGUGUAAAUAUUGAGGUAACGGAAAACAAAUUACCCGGGAAAAUUCAGAAAACUGCUAAUUAACUUAUUAAGGCCAUAGCUUAGAUCCUUAAUAAACAUUUCUGAGAAGACUGUGUACACCGUCAAAGUUCGAAACUACAAACAUGAAGUAUAGAGGUGGUGCACAAGUUGGUUACAUGAGAUGUACCAUGGCUCCUCCUUGCUCUAAUGCAGAUCAAUAUGUAUAAGCACGAUUUACCUGUUGAUCUGGAAGAAAUUGUCCAAUUUUUUUGAUGCUGGAGUUGUCAAGUUUAGUUUAGGAAUGGCCGGCCACAUAGAGCGUGUACCUUUAACAAAGUUUUAGAAAAAAUUCUAGCAUUCUUUUCAUUCCUUACUUAAUUUGCUCUGGGUUUCUUCUUUUUCUAGCUGUCAUAGAGACAUCAUUUCAUUGGAAGGAACAUAGAAAACAAACAUGAGAAAAGGACGGUCAAAUAUAAGAGCCAACUUAUCUUUUUGUAUAUCUGUCAUCAGUUUUUCUUUAUUCACACAAGCAGAAUAAUGCUUUCUUCUGUUCGAGCCUGGAAAAGAAAAGUGAUCUAAAAUAUUUCAGAUACUUGUGUUUUUGCGCUCAAGUUUUCCCUUUUCUUGCUGACAGUGCUCGGUUCACAUUUGGCUUUCAGUUUCAAAACAAACACCCAUUCUAAAACUCCAGCUAGGUGCCUGAAGUUAAUCAGCUCUUUUAACUUCUCAAUUCAAUAAAAUUUAUGGGUAAAUUUAUGGGUGAAUUUGUAUUUGAUAUUGGUGCUUAGAGGGUUAAUGUUUUUAUUUUGACUUAAAACAAGCUAUUCUCAGUUUUUGUGACCUGGCUAUGCUGCCAUUAUUGUGACUGUGCCAGAUGAACAUGAGGAAUUGUGGACCCUCUGUAUUAAAGAAACUUUUUAAAAACUGUGUACAGGAUCAGGUUUAUAGCCAUUAAAAACUGCCAGAAUUAUGGGAUUGGGCAAAAAUGUUGGCUCAGAUAACUCAUUAAAAAAUAUUUAUUGCUGAACUGUUGAUGUUUCUUUUUUUUAAAAGCAGACAAAUAGUUCAGGUGAUGAGGAAGUUGAGAGAGAACAGAGCAGCAGCAGUUGGCUGGGACUGUUAAAGUAUUCCCUGUUUCUGUUAGUUCCUGGAUUUCUUAAUCAUGCCGCUCUGUUCCGAGAAGGAGAUGUGCUACGACCACCAGGUCAGAGUCAAAACUUCACUCCCAUAAAUGUUUUACUAAAGUAGUAUUUGUAUAGGUAAUAGCAUGACUUGUAGUGAUAUUUGGCAUAAAUACCACGAGUGAUAUUUCAAAAUUGUUAUACGUGAACGGCUCGUGAAAUUUGACACAAUUUGAAAUAUCACAAGUGGUAUUUAUGCCAAAUAUUCCGUACAAAUCAUGCUAUUAUUUGUUUAUACUACUACCCACAAAAGGUUUGUAAUUUUCACAUGUAGGAAUUUCAAAUUAAGCUGAAAUACCACUGCUCUAAGCCAAUCAAAUUGCGGAAAUUUCUCAUGUAGUAGUAUAAUUGGUCUAAUUUCACUUGUGGCUUUAUUUCAGUCACCCUUUGAACUGGGAGGGAAAUUGUGAUAAAAAUAGAGUCAUUGUGUCAAGUAACCAUCUUAGUUUUUUUUCUUUUUAACUAUCACACUAUUGAUAAGUACACUGCAGCAGUCAUAACUACAUGUAUCAAUCUCAGCUGAAUUAAUGUUUCAAACGUUUAGGUGCAUUUUUAUAUGGCUUUGGCAUGACUUAUAUCAGUGAUUCAUGCUGGUGUGAGCUCAUGCUUCGAGUGGUUUGGUUUUAAAUUUAUUAACAUCAUCAGUUAUUUUGUUACAAAUAGUUAUAGCAGAGCUCCACGCGCGCGCGCGUGGGCAGAGCCCCAUAGCUAAGUAAAUCUACCCAUCCCAGAAAAUUUGGUUAUCAGGUGACCGUGCACCGAACGAACGUACGACCGUCCGUCCGCACCACAGGCAUACCAAUGUUUACUCUCGCACUUUCUAGCUAGUUUGGGAGCCCAGGAGAAAACUGAUUGCACAUCAAUGUUGCGAUCAAUUGACAGCUGUCAAAACAGGGUAUCCGCUGAUCAGUAUCACCAGACUGUAUCGCGGGCUCAGGUGUCGACCCAUCGAGUUUGAGUGUUUUUCUGAAGUUAUCCGCUGACAAGUUACUAGUUUUCAAAUGACCGCAGGCUCAAGUUUGUUUUUUAAAAAUUUAUAUGAAAAAUGUCGUGUUUAUGUCACUAUGGCCCAGCACUAUUAAGAUUUUGAUUUCAAACGUACCUCGGACACGACAAUCCAGCCAGUUAUUUAAAAAUACGGGCGGGGAAGACCUUUUCUUACCAUGGUCACGCGUUGGUCACGCUCUACGUCCAAUUUUUAUGCUCUGAUUGGUCAAAAUUUGACAGGUGAGUUCAUGCGGAAAAUUUAUGCAGCAUCUUGAAACUUGUUUACUUUGACAGCUGAAGCUGACAGAGUUUUGUGUCAACUUGUGAUGUUUUUAAUGUCUUUUUCCACUUGAUGUAAAAAGUGAAAUACAGCUGCUAUCAAGAGUCUUCUGUUAUUCAUGGCUGGUUCGUUUAUUGGGUUUUUGGUUGAGAAAUGCGUCGCUUGUCAAAGUCGGAAAUCCCAUUUCGGAUGGCAUCGUUUUCGUUUUUCACCUUGCUUGAUACGUAAGAUGAGUUUAAAAGUCUCAAGCGAUUCUGGCCUUACUUGAUAGCUUUCAGGAGCUGCAUCUCGAAUGGCAAGCCUGAGUAAUUAUUGUAUCUGAUGUUUGUUUUUUUAUAUGUAACCUCAUGAAGUCGAGCACAGUUUAUGCGGCAAGUUAAUUUGCACGUUUGUAAGAUUUGAGACAAUGAACUGACCUAGUAUCAGGUUUGAUUUAAGCUGACAGAACUUUAAAAAGCCUUUAGAUAAAUUUUCUCACCGCAAAUAGAAAGAAAACGUCCCGAAGAAUAUUUAGUUAUAAAUUUGCUUGUAGAAAGAAAAAUUUGAUCGAUUUUCUUGCCUCGAGUCAUCUUUGAAAAAAGCAAACACCGGGAAGCCGGCUUAAAACAUAAACUUAGACUCAGGAUUUUUAAAGACACUUUAAUACUUGUCUUCGUGAAUGAAAAUUGCUAUCUCUUUAAAUGUUUCACCGAGUUAUAUUUCUUUUAUUGAUUGUUAGAAGUCUCUUUUUCAAUUUCAAUGGCUGUGCCGUUUGUUUUCAGUCUUUCAUGAACAUCGCAUGCGGGAGUAUUCAAAAUGUCGCGCGUAUCAAACGCUUUUCAAGAUUACACAUCGUUAUAAAGCCAUUAAAUAAAAAAAAAUAACAUAAUAAAUUCGUUAUUAUGUUGAAGCGUCAUUCUAUUAAUGUUCAUUCACACACUCGACCACUUGUCAAAAGCCGAGAACCGGCUGGCCGUAUAGGUGAUUUUGGAAAUUUUUUGAACGAUUUCGCUAAAAGCCAACGAUUGAUCGUCCUGAAUAUUGACUGAGUACAAUUGUUUUGAAAAAUAGUGAAAUACUGCAUUCUGUCCGAGGUUUGUAUGAUAAAUACAGUGCCUCAUAGUACUUUUUCACCUAAGAUGUGAUGUAUAAAAAGUAUAAAAGGUUGGUUUACACACCUCCAGAUUUGCUGGCAAGAUUUUGUAAAGUAAACUUAUUGAACGCAAAAGAUUCAGCCUGAUUUGUUUUCCAGGCCUAAUCUACUGUGACCAAGAGCCGUUAUGGCUCUUGAAUUUGAUCGAAGAUGAUUGCUAUUUUUUGGGUGAACAUAUAAGUCAACUUGAUGUGAGAUGUUUCACUCUAAAAUCACUUAGCUUUUCCCUCAAAAACCACAUGACUGUGCCCUUAAGUUAAAUGAUUUGUGGAUUACAAGUUAAUGGUUUGAUCAUAGUUACUAACUAUGGUUUGAUUUAAAUUAUAUAUUUAUUAAUGGGAGCUUCGCUCUUUAGCCCUGGCUAAAUCUAUAUAUUAUCAACAACAACAACAAGUUUAUUUCAAAUUAAGUAUAGUUUACAAAGCUUGUGCCCCCAUAAACAAACCAAUGAGUCCCAGUUCAAAAAGACAAGGAGUCUUAAAUUGAACAUCAGGGCUGUGCUCUAGCAGAGCCCGGUGACCCCUGGCGCCUAACAUUUGCCCUUGGGCGACUAGAAAAUCUCAUAUUUUUCAUACAAAUCAUAUGCUGGGUACCUUAGAUUUUACAGUUUCAGAGCACUGGGCUCCCUACAAAUUUCCUUAGAGCACAGCCUUGAACAUACUUGGGCCUUUACAGUGCAUGUGACCAGACAGUUAAUCUGGAGAUUGAUGCCAAAACUCUUUAUUACAGUUUACUGAAAUUAAAAUAUAGUCCUUCUAUAUAUUUAGAGCACUAAAAGACUAAAAUAAACAUGCGUCAGCCACAACAAACAACAGCCACAGAAAUCACACAAACAGGUUAUUCUACGAAAAAAUCUUCAAAUUGAGGGAUCGUCCUUUGGAUCCUACGGGAUGCAUGCCUUGAAUUACAUUUAUUUUGCGUCUUUGCGGAUUUUUAUGUGUCAGGGAUGCAGGACGCAGAGGCAACAAAAUCACUGCAUCAUAGCAGAAACUAAGAAUGAGUCAUAUAGAUACAGCUUAUCAUGGUAGCGUUUUCUAGGUCAAGAUUUUUGGACCUGGCAUGUGACUUGUUUGGGACAAAAUGAGUCUUCUGGAAGAGUGGAAUAUUAAAGUGCGCAAUCAGUGCUAAGAAAUUUUUAUCAGAGUGCAGCAUAUCAUUAAGUUUGAUGUGCCUGCCCAUUAAAUACUUCUUUCAAAUUCUGCAUGCCUAUUUUUGAGGUUCAGCCUUGUGGAUUGAUCUAAUCAAUGGCAAUAUAUAUAUAUGUGCAUUAUUUUAUAGGUGAACUUUAUGAUAUUGGUUGGAAGCAGAAACUCUUCAUGGGUUGCUCUGGGCGUGGUUCACCCACUGUCAUUUUUGAUGCCCCCACAGGUCAGUCAUCAGAUGCUUGGGCACUGAUUGCACCUGAAAUUGCCAAGAUCGCCAGAGUAUGUAUCUAUGAUAGAGCUGGUUUAGGAUUCAGUGACAGACCUUUAGUCAACUGGUCAGAUCCACAGCAAGCAAAAAGAGGCAAAUUAUCGACCAGUGAGAGAAUGGUGGAGGAUUUCCAUCGGUUAUUUGCGUUAAGCUCUGAUCAGCCCAAACCUUUCAUACUAGUAGGUGCAGAAUUAGGAGCAGUCAACGCAAGAUUUUUCACGAAUAUGUUUGAGAACGACGUGGAAAGUUUGGUGUUGAUAAAUCCUCUGGCUGAGGAGGGAUUGUUUGGUGAAGAGUGGACACAAAUGUGGUAUGAGCGAUAUGCUUCCUCUCAGCAAGUACUGCAAUUUUCUGCGGCAGUAGGGAUCACUAGAAUAGCGCUCAUUUUUGGUUUAAUGAAACCACCGAUGCAGCACAAACUUCUGUCUUCCAAUGUGACUAUGCGACAGAAACACCUGCUUUGUAAACCUGGUCAUCUUAGUGCGGCGGUUGAUGAAUUUUUCUUCGCAAACGAAAGCUUAGCACAGCUGAGAAUGUUGCGAAAGCUGAAGCCGUUUCCACAGUCAGCUACUGUCUCAGUCAUCAGUAGUGCAUUAUAUGAUGAAAAGCUGAGUGGAGAGUUAAAUCAGGUAAAUUUAUAAUAUAUAUAUACAACAUCAGAGAGAUAUAUUUUUUUAAGUCUCUAACGACCUGAUCACCAAAAAGUCGGGUCAACUUGUUCUUUGAAAUGUCGUCACCACCCGAACGGAUCGUCGCGAUCCGUCACCAUCUGGCGACCCCAUCUUUCAACAUCAGAGAGUAAUAUUCUUCUAAGUGUCUCACGACCUGACUACCAAAAGGUCGGGUCGACCUGUACAUAGAUGGGAACUUACCGCCCAAUCGGUAGUCUCCCUCGCAGCCGUUUUUUGGGUGUCACGCAACGGUCGGAGCGUUGCGUGAAUUUUUGGGCUUUGGUUUUGGCCAGAUUUUCGGGCAAAUUUUCUCUAUUUGGGUAAAGAUACUUGGCAAUAUAAUUGUGAUAGCGUCAAGGAAUGUUAAAAGGGAAAAGGCUUUAUUUCUGUUUUACGUCAGUCGCUUUAAAAUGCUUGGGCUUAAGCUUCUCAUUAGGAAGCUUAAGCAACAGCGUUUUUGAGCGACGGACGUCAACCGGAAGUGGACUUUUUGCAUCACUGGACAGUGAUUGGUUGAAACUCUCGGGUAGACAAAAGAAACUUAUCAAUGCAAAUUUGUUAGCGUCAAGGCAUAUAAAAAGGGAAAAGUCCUCACUUCCGGUUGACGUGCGUCGCUCAAAAACGUCCUUGCUUAAGCUCUACUGUCUCCCCGGAAUAAUAGUGCAUUUCGCAUAAUGCUGAGGUAUACAGCUACUUCGAGAAAGGUUGUCGAAAAAAAAGUGCACGCGACAAUCCCGAAAGGUAAUAUGGGAUAUGAUCAAUACACUGUUCCUGACACUGUAGCUGUCGAACCUACUUUUGUUGCUUUCCUUUAGUACUCGCAAACAUACGUCCAUGGCCUCUCGUGCCAUUCUUUCAAAUGUCAUUGAAGAACAGUGAACUCAAAACUACCCACAGUACCUCUCGGGAUUGUCGCGUGCACUUUUUCCGACAACCUUUCUCGAACUAGCUGUAUAGAUCUAGCACUAUGCACUGACCCUGGGACCCUGGAGUAUUUUAGAUUUACCAAAUCAGUUGAAUAAAAAAAGCUAUUUUUUGUAAAUAAAUAACCUCAGUCUGUAAAAGCUUUGAUUUCAUUUUACAUGAAAGCAAAGCUCACAAAUAUUUCAGAGAUUUUGUCAAGUGCUUUUAAAGGUGCGGUAGAACAGGCAACUGAAAAAUGUUUCUGAUUGGUUGAAAAAGUGGCGCGAGAAUCUUUAGCCUGUCACAGAGCGAAGCAAUGCAGUAUCAAGGGGUUUACGAAAUUGGUUUUCGACAAUUCAUUUUUCACCGUCUUAAACACUUUGGGUCGGUUAUUUAAACGAAGUCUAACUUAGACCGUGGUUUAGGAAAAAAUCUUUUGACAUCCAGAUCUCUUCGCUAGUGGGUUAUUUUAAGAAGGCAAAUGCUUAUCUAGUGUUCUUUAUACGCUUUAAUGAAACUGUUCACGAUAAGUGGUGUUUACAUUAAAGCGUUGGCCAAACUGACAGUGGCUUAGAACACUGGCUAAACUCCGUUUAAAUGACUGGCCGUUUGUUUUCUUUUUCCAUUUUUGAUUUCAGGUGUGGUCAAAAUCUCAGGAUCACAUUUCAAGUGUGUUACAUCCAGGAAGUGAAAGAACUAACCUAUCUGGGACUGCUCAAUCCGCUCUUUUACAGCACUAUAACACGAUCGUGAAAGUGGUUAAAAGACAUGUUGAAAAAUGGAACCAGAAACAACUUAAACUUAAACGCUUUUAAAUUCUGAGAGAAAACAUUAUCAAAAGCGCCUAGAAGACUUGAGGAUAUUUUGUAGUUAAAAAAAGAGAAAGAGAGAGAAGAAAAUGUCACUGUAAAG